AACCCCUUCUUGCCAUUAUAUAAGGCAAUUCCAACUCUAUAGUUUUAUUAUCACAGAAGGCUUCUUCUUCUCUCUCUAUCUCUCACAGUUGCUAGCUCAUCAAAAUGGCAGGCACAGGGGCUGCAAUUGUGGGCAUGUUCCUUGUACUUUCCAUGGUCAUGAUGCCAAGCUGCUUAGCCACUGUCUACACUGUUGGAGACUCCUCUGGCUGGACUAGUGGUGUUGAUUAUAGCACUUGGACUAGUGGCAAGACCUUUGCAGUUGGUGAUAGCCUAGUGUUCAACUAUGGAAGUGGGCACACAGUGGAUGAAGUGAGUGGAAGUGACUACAAGACAUGCACAGUGGGCAAUUCAAUCACAAGUGAUAGCAGUGGAGCCACCACCAUCCCUCUCAAGGCUGCUGGGACUCGUUACUUCAUUUGUGCUGUGGUUGGGCAUUGUGGGAUGGGGAUGAAGGUUUCUGUGAAUGUAGUAGGGUCAGGAUCAACAGCAGCACCAACUACCAAGGGUUCACCGUCACCGGCUACUUCCGGCGGUAACUCUACAGUUACUAGCCCUGCAGUUACCACACCGUCAACAACAGGCGUAGACAACAGUCUAUCUACCUCUCCGGUUGUGGCUUUGUGGAGUAUUUGUGUUACUUGUGUUGCUAUUUGUGUGUUGAUUCUUUCAUAAGUUUGGCAGGCUGGUGAUUGCUCUAAAUAUUGCCAGGAUAGAGGCAGUGCUAUUUUCUCCCUGUUUUAUUAGCGGUGAUUUGAGUUUCUUAUGUUAUAAUUAUUUUGACCAAUUUUAAAAAGACAAAAAAAAAUUAGGGUUCAUAAUAUAUAUAUAUAUAUAUAUAUGUAGCCUGAUUGAUGUUAAUAAUAUGCACUUUGCUUUUGAAAUUACUGUGGGUCGAUUAAAUUAGUUUGUACUUUGCAUGAGGGUAUAAGAGAAAAAGAAAAGAAAAAUAACAAAAGAUUGAGUAUAGGGGCAACCAGCAGGCCUGUAGGCGUAGCCGAUAGAAAAAUAGGCUGAAUGGAUCGAUUCUCAGCAGAAAUAAGAUUCUUCACAAAUAAGCCGUUCAAAACUCCAUUGCUCCAUUACUGGACUCCACUGUGGUUCUUUUUGUCCCUCAUGUAUUGUUUUGGGCAACAGUCUUCUUUUUUUCUUUUUA